AUGUUGAGGUUUUGCAAAAGUCUUGCAUUAUAUGGACCAACCAAAAAAACAUACACAGAUCGACUCGAAUUAUUAAAGCUGAUUUUUAAGAGCUCUGAUGAUAUUUCUCUUAUCAAAGUGAUUGAUGCUCAGUGUAAUGUAGCGUUCAUUGCAACGAAAUUAUUGGUAAACGCUCCAUCCGCAAUCGAAAAAAUACUGUGCACGACAGAUGGUUGUAACAAUAAUAACAGAGAUAUUGAAAGCGCAACGUUAAUUUUAAGAUUUAAAGACGUUAAGAAUCUUCAAAAAUCAUUGGAUAAUUACACAAAGGAACAGGUUUAUGAAUGUGGUUAUUGUUAUAAGUGA